CAGCACCAGAGGAAUGUUCAUGUUUCCACUUCAGCUGCAGGAUGACACGAUUCCCAGAAAAUUCUUUCAGUCUUUUGAGCAGAGAAAUCCUCUCAGGGCUUGUCUAACCAAGGCUGUUUUCCUCUAACACUUCUUUUGUGUUUUUCUUUUUUAUCCAAUAGCGUUAAACACACACAGGAGCUGAUCACACCUAUAUCCUCUUCUCAAAUCUCUAAUCCACAGCUCCACUUUCAUAUUUCCUGCCAAAAUGCUUUUUUCCUCUGUUAUCUUUUCUCCUUUAUUCAAUCCUGUACUGUCAGUUUCACCUCCUCUCCAACCCCAUCCCUCUCUCUCUCUUUCUCUCUCAUAGUGUCACUGUAUGUCGAUUAACCAGUCAUGGCAGUGACAUGUGGAAUUUUUCAUUACCUCGCCCUGGGGGCACCAUGCUGCCUGUGCCUGUGUAACGUGUUGCUUUUUUUUCCACUCCUGCCUUCCCUCUCUCACACACACACACACUCAUUCUUUCUUUCUCUGUGGUAUUAUUCUGUGUCAGCCAGUGGGGAUCGGUGGUUUGUUGUUUGUUGUCCAACCAGCUGUAUGGGGCAGUAGUAGCAGCCUUCGGUGACUGAUCUCCUCUCCAUGGCCUGUCAUCCCUCCGGCUCUGGCUCCUACACCGUGGUUAUCAUCCCCCUCAGGACCAGCCUCUACAGCCUGGACGCUCUUCGCUUCUACCUAUGGAUUAAGCGUCUGAAGGAUCUGGAGAAAGAGAAGGACGCUCUGUGCUCUGGUCUGGAGAUCCUGGAGAAGUCUCGUCUCUGGUAUCUUCAGCGACUAGAAGAGAACAGAGUCAAGCAGAGCAUCGUUGAGGCCAAAAGUAGGAUCACCUCCAGUCAGGAGGGUGCGGCAGAGGCUCGGUCUUGCCUCCUCAGGUCUCGUAUUCAGCGGGUGAAUGGCUCAUUGGGCUCUAUGAUGAGCGAGCCCAACGUCACCAGCAGCAGCAUCCCUUCUCUGCCUGAGGGAGUGGCAGACAGCGACCUCCGGUGGCACAACACAGUACUGACUCAGGAGGUGUGUGACAAGAAUCGUCAGAUCUCCAUGUUAGAGCUGGAAAAAGACGCUCUACUCGAACAGCUUGAUGAACUGCAGGCCCAUUGAUUGUAUAAACACACACACACACACACACACACACACACACACACAGGCAGACACAUGAGCUUACAUUUGACUUCAUGUGACGCAGUCGCUGACUUUUCUCCACUUGUAAAUAUGUAUUUAAACGAAUAAAUUACAGUAAACGAUGCAUCAUUUGCUUUUGUGCUCUCUUUUCAAAACAAACCUGUUCCGGUGAAGUGUUGAAUAACCUGACUGACAUGUGACUAUUACUGUAAUGACUCACUAACUUCUUUUAAUUUCAUCAAAAGCCA